AUUUAAUUCAAACACAUUUAUAGCGUUGUACUUACAAGACUUCAAAAUGUAUAAAAGUUUAUUAACCAUUAUGUUGGUAUUAGUGGCUGACUCUUUAUGUCAGCGAAUAAUCUAUCCAACAUGGAGACCUCCUCCAAGACGUCCGGUCAUCAUCAGAACUGCUAGAAGUGUCAGUAACGAUGAACCAUUGUGGUUGUAUAAAGGAGACGAUGUCAUUCGAGCCCCUGCAUCUGGUGACCAUCCUAACCUACCUUCGAUCAUUGAUGACAUUAAGCUGGACCCCGACAGAAGAUACGCCAGAAGUGUUGACUCUCCAAGUGCCAAGCGCUCGGGUGGAAGCCAUUCGCCUCCCAGCAGAAACCAUGACACUGGACGGACUCAUCCUGGAUACAACCGAAGAAAUACUAGAGAUGUCUUGCCGUCUUUUCAUCUGCCAAAUCCCUACAAACCCCCUUUGUUCCGAUCCCUUCCUGGGUGGUCGCGACCACGAACUCCAAUAUAUGCAUCUAGAAAAAUCAUUGCGUGAAAUUUUGAUUUGAAACGAGCAUGACGACGUUUUCCUUUAAUGUAGUAAUUUAUCAUAGCUACGGAAUAUUAAUUUAAGGUUUGUAAAUAAACAUUAGUAUAAUGGUGAUAUGUUGAAUAUAAGUGCUAUCUUCAAUUGAAUAUUUA